AUGGGUUGUGGAGCUUCCAAAAGUACAGAGACCGCUGAUGGUACUCAACCAAAGAAGGAAAAGAAACCUAAAAAGAAAAGCGAACCAUUAGAUAGUAUUGAAAUGAAAGAAUCUAAAAUUCCAGAAAUUGAUAGUUUCUUCGAGAAAGUAGCUGAACCAUUUAAAACCAUGAUUGAUAUGCGUAAAGCUCUACAAGAUGCCGUUGAAGGAUUGACUAAAUUAGCCAAAACAGCUGAAAGUCCGAAAGAAGCCUUAAGAAACUGCUUGAAAGAUUUAAAAGAAGGUUUAGGUGAUAUAGGUUUCAAGUUAGAAUUUUCCACCGAAGGUGUACGCUUUGCAGGCAUCGAUGAGGAAACAUUACCGGGUGAAAUUAAAGAAAUCUACGAUGCAUUUAUGAAUUUAUUCAAUGGUAUUAAAACUAUUGUAACAAGUUGUCCUAAACUAGUCAAUGAUUUUAAAGAAUUGGUUAGUGAAGCUAAAGCACUGAAAGACAAUAUCGUUAGUGCAGCUAAAAAUGCUGGCUUAAAUCCGAUGGGUAUCGCUAAAGCGGGUAAAGCUGUAGCGGUCAACAUCAAGACUACCUGUAAAGCUCCGCUGGUAUGUAAAGAUCUCCUUGUCCAAGGUAAAAAUACGAUUAAAGAUUUGAAAGAUCUUGCUAAAGCACUCAUGGGUCAAGAUGUUCCUGACGAUGGUCCUGAUGAGGCUGAAGAUGAUGGAGAUGAAAAAGGAGAUGCCGAAAAAGGAGAUGCCGAAAAAGGAGAGGCCGAAAAUGGAGAGGACAAAAAAGCUGAGACUGAAAAUGGAGGGACCGAAAAUGGCGAGGCAGAAAAGGGAGAAGCCACCGCGGAAUCUUAA